AUUAAGAAGUAGACACUUGUUCAGAAGGUGUGGAGGUACAAUUCUGUCCGAGUAUGAAGUUCUCACAGCUGCUCAUUGUCUACAAACAGAAGGAGAGUGGGAGAAACCGAAAGAUGUGUACAUUGUGUCAGGCGACACUAAACCCGAAACUCCAGUAACGAAAAUUUUGGUGAAGUCGGCCAAGCGACAGUCGGUCAAAUAUUACACUUAUCUGAAACGGUACAUAAGAUUUGACAGUGGGUACGAUUUGGCAAAACUAACCCUCAAGAGCAAACUCAACUAUGACAAAUAUAGACUGCCUUUGAAAGUGUGCAGGGGAAAGAUGGGAGAGAGGAACAAUGGGUUCCAGACUCGGGCACUGGGCUUGGGAUUAACAGAUGACAAUUUUACUGCUGCAUACGAGUUGAUGGUAUCGUUUGUUUUCUUCUUACUUCUCAGUUGA